AUGUUUCCAUACCCCGCUGCUUUGGCCGGAGGCGGCUCUGUGUGCGUGGCCUUUCCCCCAGUUCUGUGGCCGCCUUUCCCUUUCCGUGUGACAGAGACCACAGCCUGGUUUCUGGAAGGCGGUGGCCAUGCCCUGGAGAGCAAGGUGCCGCUGGCAGGUUUCUCACCGCAAGUCUCUGAACUUCCCGAACAUUGCAACUGUCUUUUCAUCAUUUCCAGCAUUCCAUGCAUAGCUGUCAAGGACAAGGGAAAGGGAUGUAGAUUUUUGUUCUUUCCAUGUAAAUUGCUCUGUACAGGUAGGUGA